CGCACGUGGGCCGUCCUGCUGGGCCGCGGCGGCUGUGUGCUGCUCCGUCCCGGUCGGUCUUCUUCCCGGGGCCCCCGGGUGUGCUGCCCGCGGUUGCCUCUGCCUCAGAGAGCCUGUCCCGCGGGGGUAGGCGUCAGGGUGUGGGAGGGAGGCCGCUGCGCCUGUGCUGCUGCCGGCCGGGCUCGGGUGCCGCUGCCCCCGUGGCUCUUCUGCUGUGGGUGGCCUUGCGCAGCUUUUUCUCUCCUUCGGUCCGCCUUGCAGAGCUUGUAGCGGGAAGGGGCGGUUUGGCUCACAGCGUCCUGAGGAAGCCGUGCGAGAAGGGCACGCUGCCGCCACGGGAAGCGUGAAGAGGAGGAGGUCGUCUGUGCACAGCGAUGUAGCCCUGAACGUAGAAGGGCAGCUCGUGGAAGGCAGUGAAACUCCUCACCGGUCUGAUUCCAGAGCAUGGGCUAAAAACUAUGUCCCUCUCUCGUGUCGAAAAUCCUUGUUUUCUGCUCUUUCUGUUUGUCUUCCAAGCAAUAUUUAUCCUGAUACUCUACCAAGGUGGACCUUCAAAUGUGUUUCGUGGGUUUUUAGACUCGCAUCAGAUUCUGGAUUACUCAAAAACUCAUGAUGUGUAUACAAACCUCAGCUUGUUUACCCAAGCUCCUAAUGAAGAAGCUAUGCCGUACUGCUCAGCGCAGUCACCAAUAUUUGUUGGUCCGUUAACCAUCACCUUCAGGGUGCUCCCUAGUGAAAGAAUGAUCAUCAAAAAAAAUCCUUUUGUUCAGUCUGGUGGCCGCUACAGGCCACCUCACUGCUUGGCCCGCUACAAAUCAGCCAUCCUUGUAGCAUACAGGAACCAGGAGAAGUACCUUCACCAUCUUCUCUACUAUAUUCAUCCUUUCUUGCAGCGCCAGCAGCUCAGUUACAGUAUCUACUUGAUUCAGCAGGUGGGGAAUGGUACAUUUAACCGAGCAAAGCUGCUUAACGUUGGUGUCCGGGAAGCCCUGAAGGAUGAAGAUUGGGACUGCCUUCUUCUGCACGAUGUUGACCUAGUACCUGAGAACGAUUAUAAUCUCUACGUUUGCGAUGAAUACUACCCCAAGCAUAUGGCUAGUGCCAUGGAUAAGUUUCAGUACGCGAUUCAGUUAGCAGGAAUGAAAAUAGUCCGGACAUCACCUCACCUUGGACGCUACAAAAUGAUGGACUACAGUGAAGAGACAGAGACACAGGAGCCUUGGAGAAGGCCUACUUCCCGACACAACACCAGAACAACAUGGAAAGAUGAUGGAAUGAAUUCAUUAGAGUUCAAGCUCCUUUCCAGGACGAAGCAUCCUCUUUAUACCAACAUCACUGUGGACAUUGGCUAUGUUCCCCCAUUUUCUUAAGAGAAUGAAAACAAAAGCAGAGUUUGGGCCCAGCAUGGCAGCAUGCAUAUGGGCAUUCAGCCUCUACCUGCUGUUGUGGAGUCUGCACCACCUGAGACUAAUCCUUUUGUCUUUCAUGCAUUUACUUUUACUAACUGUUUAAGAUUUAGAAGAAAAGGCUUCAGGCAUAGGAUAUGAUAGCUAAUAAACAGGCUGCGACUUACUGUAAAAAUUGCCAAAGCACUGUAAAUGUCACUACUGAGCUAGACCCACCUCCCAGGGGCUCAAGGUCUCCUUGACAGUAAGCUGACCCAAGUCUUCUGGAACCUUUGUUCCAUAGCUGGAUAGCUCUGUCCUGCUUCAUACUUAAGUGUUCAUUGGGAUGCAAGCCAUUCUGUCAGAUGGGCUGCUGAAGUGCUGUAAAGCCAGUUACAGUUCUGUAAAUAUCUUUUGUGAAUUUGAAUAAAAUGAGUUAUGUGUUUGG